ACAUAGUUAACGUGAUUGUGACUAGCAUGAGUAUAAUUAAUACACAGUCAUCCUGCCACUGGACAUGUUGUCCCAAUUCUUUAUUGUUUCAUCGCGAGGAGAUGUGCUAAUUUAUAAAGACUUCCGAGGGGAUGGACUCCCCAAUGCAGCUGAGCUAUUCCUGGAGAGAUUGAAGCAGGGUAAAGGGGCAGAGCUAGCCCCGGCUGAGGAAUUGGAGGGAGUAUAUUUUAUGCAUGUGAAACGCAACGGUCUGUACUUCGUGUGCACAAGCCGGAGCGACCUGUCCCCAUUCGCUACAUUUGAGUUACUCUCAAGGGUGAGUAGCCUGGUGAAGGAUUACUGUGGAGUAUUGACUGAUGAAGGCAUCAGACGUAACUUUGCCCUGGUCUAUGAGCUGCUAGAUGAAAUAAUAGAUUAUGGCUAUGUUCAGACGACAUCGACCAAAUCCCUCAAGCCCUACAUCCAUAAUGAGGCCGAGGUGGUUAAAGCUGACCAUCUGGCAGACGUGGGGUUCCUCACAUUUGGUCCCGGCCUGUUUGGGACAGAAUUUCGGUUUGCGCCAAGCCAUGCAGCCGAGAAGCCCAUACCUGUAACACCAUCUUCACAGGGUAGCUCUAGGAAUGAGGUGUAUGUGGAUGUUAUUGAGAGAAUGACAGUCAUCAUGGCUGCAAAUGGAUCGCUGAUCAGAAGUGAAGUGAAUGGAAGUCUUCAAAUGAAGACUUUUGUCAUAGGAAGCCCAGAGCUGAAACUUGGUCUGAGUGAAGACCUAGUAAUUGGCAAGACGAGUGAGAUUGGAUAUGGAACAGCAGUACGAUUAGAUCAAGCACAGUUCCAUCCCAGCGUUGACCUGGCCGACUUUGAACACAAGAGGGCGCUAACCAUUCACCCAUCUGAAGGAGAGUGCACCAUUAUGAGGUACAGCAUAACUGGGGAGCUACCUAGCCGACUUCCGUUUCAAGUAUCGGCCGUUACAACAGAGCUUGAAGAAAAACAAUGUCUUGAAGUGCAACUUGAGGUUCAGUGUGACCUUCCUUCCUCCAAUCACGCUGUUGAUGUUGAUGUUCACCUCCCUGUUCCCAAGGCAACCACAGAUGUGAUUGCGAGUACAUCGGCGGCUGGCCAAUCAGCCAAGUACAAACCUCAAGAGAAGAUCUUCACAUGGACCAUCAACAAGUUUCAUGGAGCGUCCAAACUCAAAACGAGAAUCAGAAUUCAACUCUCCCAAUUCCAUCGAGCCACGGUCAGGGAACUCGGCCCCGUAAGCUUUCAGUUUGAAAUCAAGAACUACGUCAGCUCCCACCUGGAAGUGAAAUACAUGAAACUGUUUGACCGUCAGCAUUCCUACGUUCCGUUUCGGUGGGUGCGCUAUGUUACGCUGAGUGAUUCCUACACAAUACGGCUGAGGUGACACUGCACAUGACUUAACAUGAUUAGCAACACUGAUUGUAAUGUUCUGGGGCAAAAUUCAUGGAGUCGCCAAAUGCAGAAAA